GGCCAGAUUGGGCGCUUUCGCGCAAAUUGGGCGUUUUUUAGAGGUUAUUUGCGCCAGAAAAUAUGUAAAAGGCGCAAAGCGCAAAUUGGGCGGUUUUAAUGUUUUUAUAAUAGCGCAACUUUUUCUUAGACAAGCUUGUUUUAAAUAAAAAUAUAAAAAUAAAAUAAAAAGCAAAGAUCACCGAUCACCGUACGGCUAAUGUCACAUAAACCCUUUUUAUAGCAUAAACCUGGCAUAAACCAGUCUAGACAUAGAUUUAGACUUUGCCUUUGACAGUUUUUACUUUUAUUCUAUGGCUUAUACUAAGUUAACCCUACUUAUUGGUGAUUGGCGGUAAUUUACGAUUCAUGACCGGUUUAUUUAGGUAUUUUUUACGUACAAUGGGGAAAUGGGCCAAAUAUACAAAAAAACACAAAAGUGAAUGGGAGAAUGAAUCGCAAUUUAAAGGUAGGUAUUAUUUAUCUAACACGGGUUGGAGCUGGGCAUGGUAAAUGUAUACUUAUUUUGCUUAUGUUGGUUAACAAGGAAACGAGAUGGCUCAUAUUGUAAUAUUUGUAAUACAGAUAUUAGAUCCCACCGAGCUGACCUCAUAAGGCAUUCACAAACAAUGAAGCACAAAUUGCAAGCUAAUAAAAUAGGUACUAACCAGAUGUGUCUUCAAAAGCUUGGUGUAACUGUUUCCAAUGACGCCCUCAAAAGGAAAGAAAUUAUAUUAGCCACUUAUAUAGCAGCCCAUUCUUCAAUAAGGAGUGUAGAUCAUUUAACUGACAUUUUGAACAAAUUUUCCAAAUUACAACCAGGAUCAGCUUCUGUAUCCACAGAAAGUCAAGAUAUUUUUCAUCUACAUAAAACAAAGUGUGCAGCAAUAAUUCAAAAUGUCAUUGCCCCCGCACUAUUAAAACAAUUGGUUAAUGAUGUAGGUGACAUGUAUUAUUCACUAUUAAUAGACGAAUCAACAGAUGUCAGCACUGAGAAGCUUUUAUGCCUUAACAUUAAGUACUAUUCGGUAAAAGAUAAUGAUAUUAAGCUUCAGUUUCUCAGCUUUAUUUCAGUUAUAAAAACCACAGCUGAAGAUUUAUACCAAGCUGUGUCUCAAUUUCUACUCACAAAUAAAUUUAAUGUACAAAAAUUGCUAGGUAUUGGCACUGAUGGUGCUUCAAACAUGUGUGGGAUAAAUAAUUCACUAUAUACUCAGUUAAAAACAAAAUUUGGAUUAGAAAAAUUAGUUUUAGUAAAAUGUAUUUGCCACAGCCUUAAUUUGUGUUCCUCUAAGGCUGCAGAAAUAUUCGCUGACGAUAUAGACUUUCUUUUAAAGGAAACUUAUAAUUGGUUCAAAAACAGCACGCUAAGAAUUAGUAAAUAUAAAGACAUUUUUAAUUUAAUUAACAUAAAUACUGAAAAUAAAUUUUCCAGGCUUACACAAUUAUCAACAACUCGCUGGUUAUCAAGAUAUCGAGCUGUUGACAAAAUUUUGUCCCAAUAUUUAGAACUACAAACAUUUUUCGAUAUACAUGCUGAAAAAGAAAGAUGUCAUACAGCAAAAAUUUUAAGUGACAUUUAUAAAAAUAAAACAAAUAAAAUUUUACUAACUUUUGUUAAACCUAUAUUAAAACAAAUAUAUCACCUAAAUAUAUAUUUUCAAGCUUCAAAUGUAGAUUUUUACCAAGCAUUUACCGACACGAAUAUUAUUAUAUGGACCUUUGCCCGACAAAUUUUAAAGCCUCAAAUUUUAGAAAACUUAGGAGAUAGUAUCGAAAAUUUAAAAAAUUCAAUGGCAUAUGAUCAAAAUUAUCUUGAUAUAGAUCAAUCGGACUUUGGUUACUUUUUUGAUAUUGAAAUUAAACAGUGUGAUUUAAAUAUUGAAGAAAUAAUUCAAAUUAAAAAUAAAUGUAAAGAAUUUCUCAAAGUUCUUAUUUUAGAACUAAUUAAAAGAAUGCCCUCUCAUUUGGAUUUAUUUAAAAAAAUAAAAAACAUCAGUCCAAAGAUUAUUCUUAACCCAAUAAGGCCUAAAUUUAAUGAACUACCUUUAGAUUUUAUGCCUCAGGAUAAAAUAAAUGACAUUGAAACACAAUAUAGGCAACUUCUAAGUACGAAGUGGGACGAAAUUUUUGAAAACACGAUACCAGAAGAUACUUUAGAAUUUUGGAAAAAAGUAAUUACUUUGAAGAAUGCGGGAGGUAUACUAUUAUUUGAUGAUAUAUCAAAGUUUGUUUUUACUCUCUUGAGCUUGCCUACGUCUAAUGCUGCAGUAGAGCGAAGCUUUUCAAUUCUCAAUGUUGUUAAAUGCAAACUAAGAAAUAAAAUGAUGUUAAAUCUAUUAAAUUCUAUUAUGAUUAUAAGAUCUUAUUUAUCCGUUAAUAAUAUUUGUUGUAAAAUAUUUGAACCAAAUAAAGAGAUGGUUUUAAGAUUCAACUCUAGCAUGUAUAAGCCUCAAGCUCAAGAAGUAAACGCAAAUGAUAUAAAUGAUUUGUGUAGCGAAUUAGAUACUCCAGAUGUCGAGGAAGUUAUUUCUUUAUGUGAUGAUAUUUUGUCACAUUAAGGAAAUAUCUAAAAGCCUAAAUUCUUUCUUAUAAUUUUUGUAAUAAAAUAAUAUUGAAGCCAAAA